AUGAUGAAGAUGAGUUGGACAUAUCCUGAAAUAGACCUUGGUCAAGAAGACUGUCCUGACUUCAUGAACGAUAGCGAAGACGACGAUGAAGAUGACAAUAACAAAAGUCCAGAGAUAGAUCCUGGUCAAGAAUAUUGUCUUGAUAUUAUCACAGAAAACGGAAUAGAGAAAGUAUCCCUUAAGCAACGUUUGAAUGAAUUUCAGCAGUACUUAAAAUGGAUAUAA